AUGGGUGAUUUUCUUCCGAACAUAUCCGGUGAAAACAGAUCUGCAACCUUUGGCAGCUUGAACGUCAGUUACAGUGACUGGCCACUGGAUUCUACCUCUGCUACUGUCGUUGUUUUUGUUUACAUCAGUCAACUAGUGGCCAUCGUAGGAUUCCUCGCAAACCUGUUGGUGUUGUAUAUCAUUAUUAGGUAUCCUGACAUGCGGACGGUUCCUAAUAUUUUCGUUCUCAAUCUGGCUAUAGCGGACGCAUCGUACUGUUGCUCUAUCACGUUUGACACAGUCGCUCAGCUGCACGCGAAUGGCUGGAUAUUUGGCCAUACCAUGUGCGUUGCUGGCUAUAUCAUGUGUUAUGGCAGUUCGUAUUGCAGCGUGUUCUUCCUUACUGCUAUCAGUUUUGAACGGUACAAGGCUAUCACGGACCCGAUCGGACAGCAAGGUGUCUGUGCAAAGAAGGCCUGGAUGACGUGCGCUGCCGUGUGGUGUGCUGCUGCAGUGUCCGUCACGCCAGUGUUCUUAGACCCGGACUUUUUUGUCUACGUCCAAGAAAAUCCUUCAACCGGAGGAAAUCACGUAAAAUCAUCCUGCAAAUUUCUCCACCCGCCCGUUGUGUCCUCGACGUUGUACGGCAAACUGCGUGUUGUAUACAACUUUGCCAUCACGUACGUUUUUCCAACGUGCAUCAUCAUCAACCUGUACGGACUGAUAUGGCGAAAACUUCGGCAGUCGCCGCCGCCAUCUACACAAUGCAGACGCGCGACCAAGUCAAGGAACAAGGUCACCAAGAUGGUUGCCGCUGUUGUUAGCUUUUUCGUCGUGGCGUUGUCUCUGUGGCAGAUUAAUACACUUCUGCUAGAGUUCAAGUUGGUGAACCAGAUUCCCGAGGCUUUGUUUGAACUCGGUUUGCUUCUGUAUGUCACGAACUCGGCCAUAAACCCAGUCUUUUACGCUUUAUUGGGUGAAAGAUUUGGCUCAUAUGUUCGAAAGAUAAUGUGUUGCCGGCACAUUGGCAGAAAUGACUUGCGCUUAGCUCAAAACGUCUAG